AUGGAGCCCGAGGAGGAGGCUCCUCCGCCGCCUUACUCCGCCGUCGACCCGUUGAAUAGCAACAACAGAAACAGUCCUAGCGAACGCAAUGCCGCUGCUUCUGCGGAGGUUAAUCGCGUCCUCCUCCGGCUUCGCGGGGGAGUCGGCCCCUUCUCAGAUACCGCAUCGAGUGAUGACUCUAGUUCCGCACUGGCGCUGACAACUCGCUCUCCGCUAUUACCCGUCCAUUUCACCUCCGCCGCCGCUUACUUCGUCGACCGGCCACCCCCCGCCUCCGCCGAUGGGAGAACGGUCCAAGAACACCAAGUAACGAUAUACCCUCGAAGUCAGUCGAAGGACUUUCCCCGUCGCCCCCGUUGUUGGGGAGCCCGACCGGAGGACCUCACCCAGCAGGACUGGGACAUGUUCCUCCGGUAUUUGUUCCCCCCGCAUCUGGGACUGGCAUCAGCAUCCGGUCAGCUACCGCGCCAAGUGAGGGCCGAGAUCCAGCGAGAUCGCAAGGAUCGACCACAGGAGACGGAUGAACAGCGGAGGAUGCGAGUCUCGGCGGUUAUAACCGAAUGGAACCAAUACUUUUUCGAGCCCCGGUCAACCCGCAUCGUGUUUGCCUAUGUGAUUGAUCCUCAAAACGCCCCUCCCUCGCCUCUGUGUCCCAGGUGUUAUCCCGCAGCCACGAGAGCAUCGCAGGAAAACCGGAUGAUUCAAGCCCCCGAGGCCGGUCGCAGCCGCCUCGUCCGACCUAGCUUGCCGCCAGUCGCCGUGCGGCAACAGGCUGUGUCGUUGCAGACUGGUCAGCACUAUUCUCCGACGCCCCUCUACAACUAUUCGAAUCCGCCGAUGAAUCAGGCCCCGUAUAGCCCCUACGGUGCACCGCCCUACUAUAAUCCUCCCGCCCCUCAACCUCCUGGCGCCUAUCCUUAUCCUCCGCCGCAGCCUCCGUUGCCUUAUCAGCAGCAAUACCAGUGGGGCUAUAAUGCCCGACCCUAUGCCCCCAUGCCGCAGGACCCCGGUUCCAAAGGCGGGCCGUUCGGAUGGUUUUCCUCGCUGGCAUCCCAGGCGCAAAAAUAUGGCGAACGUAUCACGGAACAGGCCCAGCAGUACGGGGACCAGAUCAGUGCCCAUGCCCAGCAUUAUAGCAGACAGGUCGAAGAGCAGGCCAUGGCUCACGGUCGUUGGAUCGAAGAACAAGCAGGCUUCUCAGGCCAGAAGACGAAUAAUCAGUUCAACGGCACUAUGGUCCAUCGGCCUCGUGGCGCUGGCGGUGAGUGGGCGGCAACAGAUCCUCGCUCGCAGGCUGCGUACUACCCCAACGCCUAUCCUUAUCCCUACAGCACUGUUAGCAGCCCGGCCGAGCCUGUCGCCGCACCCGCUCUUCCUCAGCGGCCUCGACGGGCCUCGACGUGCUCAACUUCGUCGGACUCGUCAUUGGCCUCGAUCGAUUCCCUAUCGACCACGUCGGAACUAAGCUCUUCGGACCUGGCGACGGUCCGGGCACAGCUUCUUUCCCUCGACGAUCACCACGAUCGGGAUCUCUAUGAAGCCGCCGUCGGUCUUCGCCGGCAGCUUACCCUUCUCCAGGACUCCCGCCGCCAGACGCGCCAGGCCGGACGGGGAAAUUGGCGCAAUGGCUGGGGGCAGCAAGCGCAGCAGGGCUACGGUCGCGGCGGCUGGGGACGUUGGGAAUCACCACAACAACACCAACGCAGCUCGGCGGAGAAACGCGCUCUGAAGGAGGAGACGAAGGCAACCCGGAAGGCGUUCCGGGACGUGCUACGUCGUGCCAGGGACGAGCACCGCGAGCAACGACGACUCAAGCGCAAUCGAGUACGGCAAGAACAGCGGAAUCGACAGAUCGAGGCUCCUCCGUCAGAGCCGCCCCUCGAGCAGCGCCUGCAGAACCUAGAGCUGGACCACACCAACCGUGAGAGUCGCUCUACGGUCCAAUCAUUUUGCCCGUCACCCACCCGGUCGCUCGUGUCGGAAGUCAGCGAGAUCAGCUCCAUUAGCACGCCGAGCUCGGUAUCGUCCCGACGCAGUAACCACCAGACGCAUCCUGGUAAACCAGAACUGUCCGCUAGCAAAUCGGACCCGAAAAGCACAGACAAAAAUCAGGACGAUGCCGAGAAACCGUCAGAUAAGAGCAAUCCUAGAUCAUGA